AGCCGUGGGAGGCGGGGCCGGCCGGCGGCGCAGGUGGGGCGCGGGAGCUGGCCUGGAGCGGCCCGAGGCCGCGGCCGCGGGGAGGAGGCGGCGACGCGGGCCCGGGGUCGCCCGAGACACCUGGCCAGCGGUGCCCCUAGCGCGCCGCCCCGGAGUUGACCACGUGAAACUUUUCCCUGCGCCCCUCGGCGACGCCGCCCCCCCGCCCCCGCCCCCGCCGGGACCGUCGCCCGCCGGGAGCAGGGGGGGGAGAGGCCCGCAGCUCCCCCCCGACUUCCACGCCGCCCGUCGGGGCGCGGCCGGGCGCGGGCCCCAGGCGAUGGCCGCGGAGCUGGCGAUGGGCGCCGAGCUGCCCAGCAGCCCGCUGGCCAUCGAGUACGUCAACGACUUCGACCUGAUGAAGUUCGAGGUGAAGAAGGAGCCGCCCGAGGCCGAGCGCUUCUGCCACCGCCUGCCGCCCGGCUCGCUGUCAUCGACGCCGCUCAGCACGCCCUGCUCCUCCGUACCCUCUUCGCCCAGCUUCUGCGCGCCCAGUCCGGGCACCGGCGGCGGCGGCGCGUCUCAGGCCGGGGGCGCCCCCGGGCCGCCGAGCGGGGGCCCCGGCGCCGUCGGGGGCACCUCGGGGAAGCCGGCGCUGGAGGAUCUGUACUGGAUGAGCGGCUACCAGCAUCACCUCAACCCCGAGGCGCUCAACCUGACGCCCGAGGACGCGGUGGAGGCGCUCAUCGGCAGCGGCCACCACGGCGCGCACCACGGCGCGCACCACCCGGCGGCCGCCGCGGCCUACGAGGCUUUCCGCGGCCCGGGCUUCGCGGGCGGCGGCGGCGCGGACGACAUGGGCGCCGGCCACCACCACGGCGCGCACCACGCCGCCCACCACCACCAUACCGCCCACCACCACCACCACCAUCACCACCAUGGCGGCGCGGGACACGGCGGUGGCGCGGGCCACCACGUGCGUCUGGAGGAGCGCUUCUCCGACGACCAGCUGGUGUCCAUGUCGGUGCGCGAGCUGAACCGGCAGCUCCGCGGCUUCAGUAAGGAGGAGGUCAUCCGGCUCAAGCAGAAGCGGCGCACGCUCAAGAACCGCGGCUACGCGCAGUCCUGCCGCUUCAAGCGGGUGCAGCAGCGGCACAUUCUGGAGAGCGAGAAGUGCCAACUCCAGAGCCAGGUGGAGCAGCUGAAGCUGGAGGUGGGGCGCCUGGCCAAAGAGCGGGACCUGUACAAGGAGAAAUACGAGAAGCUGGCGGGCCGGGGCGGCCCCGGGGGCGCGGGCGGGGCCGGUUUCCCGCGGGAGCCUUCGCCGCCGCAGGCCGGUCCCGGCGGGGCCAAGGGCGCGCCCGACUUCUUCCUGUAGGCGCCGGACCCCGAGCCAGCGCCGCCGUCUCCGGGGACAAGUUCGCGCAGGCCUCCCGGGGCCUCGGCUCGGACUCUGCGGUACAGGACAUGGACGCCAGGCCCGGCCCGGCCGUGCUGGCCCCGCUGCCAAGUCUGCGGGCGCGGGGCUGGAGGCCCCUUCGCUCCCGGCCCCCGUUCGCGCGCGUCGGCCCGGGUCGCCGUCCUGAGGUUGCGCGGAGAACGGUGAUUUCUAAGGAAACUUGAGCCAGGUCUAACUUCUUCCAAGCGUCCACUUGUACAUACGUUGAACGUGGUUCUCCGUUCCCACCUUCGCCCUGCCAACCUAGAGGGACCGCGCUGCCGUCCCUUCCCGGGUGGCCCCUGCCUGCCCCCGCCUUCCUUCGUUCUCUUCUCAGCCUCCCUUUCCUUGCCUUUUUUAAAUUCCCCUGCCCGUUUUAAAAUCGGUCUUAUUUUCGAA